AUGCACUACGUGGAACACGGGACGAAGAAUGAAGCAACCGCGGCGAGUGCGAAAAAGGCUGUGGAUCUGGUUCUCGACCAGAUCGAGCAAAAUGACAAGCUUCAAGGACUCAUUGCAUACUCAGAAGGGGCGACAGUAGCUGCCUCCGUCAUAAUAGAAGAACAGCGACGGUAUAAAGAGUCCGGACGGCCAGUGCGAAUCAAAUGCGCGGUGUUCAUAUCAGGCUGGCCGGCCAUUGAUAUUCACUCGGGAAAGGUUAUUAUUCCUACAGGGCUUGAUGAUGAGGAAUAUAUCCCCGUCCCGACUUGUCAUGUUAUCGGUGCGGAGGAUGCGUUUCUAGAGGGGUCGAAGGCAUUUUUGGAUUGUGAGUGA